AGCGGUGCCAAUCAACCGGUUCCUUAACUAUAUUAUCAGUAGUCUGUGGUCUAGAUUGUCUAUGAUCUAGAUAUAAUUACAAUUUCUCUCCUGAAACUUUUCAAAAGUUCAGUAAUAUUAAUAAUAAUAAUAAACAAAAGGUCAUUUAUUUCGAAAUGGAUCUUAGUAAGAUGACCAAUGAAGGAAAACUUUCUCUCUGUAGAACUUAUUUCAAAGCUGGAUUUGCUCUUUUGCCUUUUGUUUGGGCUGUUAAUACCAUUUGGUUCUUCAAUGAAGCAUUCAGAAAACCAGAAUACACUGAACAAAAAGAAAUAAAAAAAUUUGUUAUCUAUUCAGCAGCUGGAGCUACAACAUGGCUUAUUGUAUUAACUGCUUGGAUUAUAACCUUCCAAUUGAACAGAGAUAGUUGGGGCGAAUUUGCUGAUAGAAUAUCUUUUAUUAUACCCCUUGGAAGAUAAUUUUGAAUGAAUUAUUUCGAAUUGCCUUUAUCUGUUUUCCACUUAAAACAUUAAGGAAGAUGCAGCCUAAACUAUUGUGGCUUUAAAAUAAACCUGUGCUAAACAUAAUGCUGGGAUACUACAUGGACACAUGGUAUAUAACAAAAAUGAUUUGAGAUUGAUGAAGACACUACCUGUUAAUAGAUCAGUAAAGCGAAAAAACCUAUCGAAAACUGAAUUCCAAUUCCUCAAAACAGAAUAGAGGGGGAAGCAAUUGAGAGAAGUUUGAUAGCAAGAAUUCAUGUUAUUAUUAACCAAAUAUUGAUUGGAUUAUAUUGAUUAAGUAGU